CGAGAGGGAGCCUCCGGGAGGGCGGCAGGGAGGAGGCGGCGGCGGCGGCCCGGGGCUCCAGGCGCACGGCCGGCCGCGGGCAUGGACAAGGCCACGGCCCCGGAGCGCGGCGGCGCGGGCGCGCUGUGAGAGGGGCGGCCUCUGGCUGCCAGCGAGCCAUGAGCCAGGACGGAGGCCGGUCGGGGCGGCGGCGCCGCUAGCUAGCCGAGCGGGGGGUGGCACGCUCGGCCAGGGGCGCUGUCCCACGGGGCCGGGCGGGGCGCGGAGCCCGGAGAGAGGCCGCUACCUGCCGGGAGGGCGAAAGAGGAGAGGAGGAGGAGGAACAGGAGCAGGAGCAGGACGAGGAGGAGGAAGGCGCGGGGCGGGCACCGGCCAAGGUGCCAGCCAGUGCGAGGAGGGGCUUCCCGCCGCUCCCGCCCGCCCCGUCCUGUGUCCUGACCCGCCGGGAUGGCGAGCCCCCGCCGCCGUUAAGGAGCAGCGGUGAGGGGAGGCCCGAGCCGCGGGCACCAUGCGCCGGUCCAGCACGGACGAGUCUACCUACCACCGGAGCCCGUCCCUGGACAGCAAGGACUUGGGUUUCGCGCCGGGCGCCUUCCGCCGCUACAGCGGCCUCUACGGGGCCGGGGCCGGCCCGGGACCCGGAGCUGGGGGCCAGGACAGCGGCUCCUCCUUCUUCGGCUUCCACAGCAACCCCGGCCCCAAAGCCACCAAGGCCAAGUACACGUCUCCCAAGGGCAACAAGUACGUCGUGUUUUACCUGGACCUCUCCUUUAUCUUUCUCCUAGAACUGCGGCGCUGCGGCAUGGCGCACACCUGCCUCCAGGGCGUCAAGUACCUCAUGUUCGUCUUCAACCUUCUCUUCUGGCUGGGAGGAUGCGGGAUCCUCGGCGUGGGCAUCUGGCUGGCUGUGACGCAGGGCAACUUUGCCACCCUCUCGCCAUCCUUCCCUUCACUCUCGGCCGCCAACCUGCUCAUCGUCACGGGCUCCUUCGUCAUGGUCAUAGGCUUCGUGGGCUGCAUCGGAGCCAUCAAGGAAAACAAAUGCCUGCUUCUCAGUUUCUUCAUCAUGCUGUUGAUUGUGUUCCUGCUGGAGCUCAUGGUAGCCAUCCUCUUCUUCGUCUACACGGACCAGAUUGACACAUACGCCCAGAGGGACCUGAGGAAGGGGCUGCACUUGUAUGGCACCGAGGGCAACAUAGGCCUCACCAACGCUUGGAGCAUCAUUCAGACAGAUUUUCGGUGCUGUGGGGUCUCCAACUAUACAGACUGGUUCGAGGUGUACAACAGCACCAGGGUGCCUGACUCCUGCUGUCUGGAGUUCAGCGAGAGCUGUGGGCUCCACUCUCCAGGCACCUGGUGGAAAGCGCCCUGUUAUGAGACGGUGAAGAUGUGGCUCCAGGAAAACCUACUGGCCGUGGGCAUCUUUGGGCUGUGCACAGCUCUGGUCCAGAUCCUCGGCCUGACCUUUGCCAUGACCAUGUAUUGCCAAGUGGCGAAAGCAGACACAUACUGCGCAUAGAGCGGAGCCGUGCCACGGCCCACCCCUGCUUCUCUUCCAAAGGACACGGGACAAUCUCCGUCAUGUUCAUUCACCCCCAUUAGUUACCCUUGUAAAAGGCUUCAUCCUGGGGCCCCUGGAGCCCGAGGAAGUAGAAAAGGGGAACCCCAAGGUCCCGUGUGUGCCUGGGCUUCCUGGAGCAGUCCCCGCUGCUGCAGACUGACCCCAAGCCCUUGGCAGGGUUCCCUCCUGAAGCACCAGUCUAUCAUCCUGUCUGUCGGUCUGUCUCUCCUGGAAAUGCCAUGGGGUCAAGGCUCACUUGCCCCCUCCUUUUGUUUGCCCAAGAUGUGGGAGCCCCCAGCUUUAAGAGCCCGACUUCCGGCCCCUCAGAGAAGUGGGGUGGUGUGGGAUGAGCUGCACCGGCCCGGCCGGGCCUCUGAAAGGACAGCAGCCCCUCCCCUGUCCAUCCAUUGUCACCUUGGGGGACAGGGCUGCUUGGCAAGCCCCACUGGGAAGCCUUGGCUGCUCCCAUUUAACAUUCCAGGCUGGACUCCAGGCUGCAGAGGCCCUCAGGAACAUGGUCUCUCCCCCAACAGACCCAGGAAGCCACUUUAUGUUUGCAGAUGUGUCUUGACUUCAGUAAACCGUUGUGAGUGCACA